AUGCCUCGAGGAAAGUGGAUCGACAAGAAAACCGCCCAGCAUUUCACGCUGGUGCACCGCCCUCAGAAUGACCCUCUCAUCCACGACGAGAAUGCGCCGUCCAUGGUGUUGAAUCCUACCCAGCCAAGCGCCGGCUCGUCGAAAGUGCGGCGUCUCGAUGACUUGGAAUCUGAACUUGGUUCCGAUGCGGCCAGCAUCCGAGCGAACGAGGGCGAGGCGGCGUCGCACGGCGUUUACUUUGACGAUACCGAGUAUGACUACAUGCAACAUCUCCGGGACCUCAACUCGGGCGGUGGAGAGGUCGUUUUCAUCGAGGCAAACACCUCCAGUAAUAAAGGAAAGGGGAAACAGAAGGAGUCGCUCGAGGAGGCGUUGAAGAAGAUGGAUCUCGAGCAAAAGUCAGGCGACGUGCUUGAUCAGGAGAUGCUCCCCUCCAAGAACCUGACGAGGGUGACCUAUGAGGCCCAACAGGAUGUCCCAGACUCCAUCAGAGGAUUCCAGCCUGACAUGGACCUACGCCUACGAGAAGUGCUCGAGGCAUUGGACGACGAUGCGUUUGUCGACGACGACGACGACGUCUUCCAGGAGCUCGCAAAAGACGGACGGGAGCUCGACGACUUUGAAUUCGACGAAGCGGUUUACAACGACGAAUACGACGACGAAGAUGGCUGGGAGUCGGACGACACAGCGAAGCCGAUAAAGGAGUACAGAGAAAAUAUACCAGAACUGUUCAAGAAAGAACAAAAGACGGGCCGCGCACCCGUCGCGCCCUCGCAAUCUGAGAUGCAGUCGACUUGGACGAGCACGACAAACGGAGGCAGGCGCAAGAAACGCAAGGGAGCCCUGACGGACGCCUCUAGCUACUCCAUGACCUCGUCGUCUCUCGUACGCACUGAGCAGAUGACCUUGCUAGACGCGCGGUUUGACAGAAUCGAGGAGAAGUACAACGAAGACGAGGACGAUGAGGUGGGCUCCGUGUCGGCCGUAUCGACGGCCUCGAGCGUGGCGGGGCCGGUCCGGAGUGACUUUGAUGGCAUCCUGGACGACUUCCUGGGUAAUUAUACCAAGCCAGGCAAACGUACAUCCAAAAAGUCCAAGGCCCAGACGGGGCUGGAGCAGCUGGAGGAGAUUCGGAGAGAGCUGGGUCCAGCGCGCAUCCGCGGGCGGUAG